GCCAUUCAAAUUUUUCAAUGCUUGGUUACAUACCCCGGGGUUCACAGACAUGGUUACAGCAAAAUGGAAGGAGAUAGAAAUUCAAGGCUGGGGAGGAUUCAUUUUAAAGGAGAAGCUGAAGAAGACAAAGGACUUUCUUCGAGUGUGGUCAAAGUCCAAUAUACAAGAAGUGGACAGAAAAAUUGAGCAAUCCAGGGAGGAGAUAAACAGAGUUGAUGGCAAAGGAGAAACAAGCAUUCUGUCAAAUGAAGAUAUUAUUUUCAAGAGCUCUCACUACUCUGAGUUGUUAAAGAACAUGCAGAUGAAAGAAGAGAUGGCUCAACAAAAAGCUCGGAAAACUUGGCUGAAAUCAGGAGAUGCUAACACCAGUUUUUUCCACAAAUGCAUCAGAGGGAGAUGGCGUAGAAACGAAAUAAAUGUAAUUUCGGUAGAAGGCAAAGAGCUGAGACAAGUCGAAGACAUAAAGCAGGGUGUUAUGAAAUACUAUGCAAACUUAUUCACUGAUGAGGGAUGGCAAAGACCGACUUUAGAGGGGCUAAGCUUCCAAUCUAUCUCAGAGGAAGACAGAAGCAUGCUCAUUGAACCUUUUACAGAAGAAGAGGUAAAAGCUGCGGUAUGGAACUGUGACAGCACCAAAGCACCGGGACCGGAUGGUUUUACUUUUGGCUUUAUAAAAAAUGAAUGGGAGGUGAUUAAAGCAGAUAUCAUGGUCUACCUCAAGGAUUUUCACACAAAUGGAAGGAUGGUAAGGGGUUCUAAUGCUUCUUUCCUGGUGUUGAUACCGAAGAAAGAGAAUCCUCAAGGCAUUGAAGAGUAUAGACCCAUUUCCUUAAUCGACUGCAUGUAUAAGAUUCUAGCCAAAGUGUUAGCAGACAGACUCAGCAGAGUAUUAUACACAAUUAUAGGGGAGAAUCAAUCUGCUUUCAUCGAAGGAAGACAACUGGUUGACAGUGUUGUUGUGGCAAAUGAGGCAAUUGAUGAGGUGAGGAAGAGAAAAUCCCAGUGUUUUGUAUUCAAGAUUGACUUCGAAAAGGCAUAUGAUAAGGUGAGCUGGUCUUUUUUGGACUACAUGAUGGAGAAAAUGGGCUUCGACAAAGUAUGGCGGGAGUGGAUUGCUGAAUGUUUAAGAUCGAAUACUAUGUCCGUGUUAGUUAAUGGAAGUGCUACCAAAGAGUUUUCGAUGUCAAGAGGGCUUCGACAAGGAGACCCACUAUCUCCAUUUUUGUUCUUAAUGGUGGCAGAAGCUCUAAACGGACUAACGUCGGCAGUAGUAGAAAAGGGUUAUUUCUGUGGAGUAAAAAUAGGAGACGGGGAGCUAGAGAUCAGCCAUCUACAAUUCGCAGAUGACACAAUCUUUAUGGGAGAGGCAACCGAAGACAACAUAUGGAUGAUUAAAUGCAUCAUGAGGGCAUUUGAAUUGGUGUCAGGCCUGAAGGUAAACUACAGAAAAAGCUCUCUAAUUGGAGUCAAUACUGAUGAAGAAUGGACGAGAAAAAUGUCAUGGUUGCUGAAUUGUAAAACUGCCGCCCUUCCCUGUAAAUACCCAGGCAUGCCAUUGGGAGCAAAUCCAAGGAGAAUAGAUACUUGGAAACCCUUAAUCGAAACCUUCAGAAGAAAACUCUCAGUUUGGAAGGGAAAAUUCUUGUCUCUUGGCGGAAGAAUCACCCUCAUAAACUCUGUGUUGUCCAGCCUGCCAGUGUUCCUAAUGUCAUUACACCUUCUCCCAAAACAGGUAACUCGCGAGCUUGAUAAAAUUAGGAGAAAUUUCUUAUGGGGCGGAGUUGGGGAAGGUAGAAAGAUAGCUUGGGUAGCAUGGGAGAGGGUCUGUUGCGAAAAAAAAGAGGGAGGGUUAGGGGUGAAAAAUCUUAGAUGGUUCAAUAUGGCAUUGCUCGGGAAAUGGUGGGGGAGAUUAAUAGGGGGAGAUAAGGGGUUGUGGUCGAGGGUGCUGUUAGAAAAAUAUGGUGGCAAAGGAGGAAAUUGGUUAUCAUGGAUGAAAGAGGGUAGGGGAAUAGGAUCGCCAUGGUGGAAUGAUAUUUGCAAAGUGAAUAGAGGAUUAGGUAAUAAGGUUGGGUGGUUGCUCUCUAAUUUCAUCUUAAAAUUAGGGGACGGGAAGAGUGUCAGGUUCUGGCUAGAUGUUUGGGUGGGGGAGGAUCCUUUAGCUAAUGUUUUUCCAAGACUGUUUUUGUUGGACACAGACAAAAACUGCAGCAUAUAUGAUCAAGGCUAUUGGUCUGAUGGAAGCUGGUGCUGGAGAUUCCAAUGGAGAAGAUCAACUAGAGCAUGGGAGGAGGAAAAACUACAACAGUUGAUUGGGACUAUAAAUCACAUAAAACCAGUGCAGAACGUGAAAGACACUUAGAGAUGGAGGCCUGACAAUGAAGGAAAAUACACCACAAGAUCAGCUUACGAGCAGUUGGCAAAGAAAGAGGAAAGUCCACUGUUGGAGUACAAAAAUAUAUGGAGUGCGCAAGU